AUGACAUCUCAAGAGAUUUACUUUUACCGGUUCCUAGUGAGCAAGCAGGUAUUCUACAAGUCAAGGUAUACGUAUGCGCUAGUGAAUCUCAAGCCGUUGGUGCCAGGUCAUGUGUUGGUGGUUCCUUUGCGUACCAAUGUGUUACGGUUCGGCGACUUGUCGCCUGAAGAGUCUGUCGAUUAUAUGCAUACCUUGCAGUUGAUCCACAAGUUUAUACAAAAGGUUUACAAGGCUGACUCCUUAAACUUAGCAAUACAAGAUGGGCCCGAGUCUGGCCAAUCGGUGCCACAUUUGCAUACCCACAUCAUACCCAGACACAAAGGUGACGGCUAUGGUGACCUGAUUCACACCAUGUUGGAGAGCAAGGAUCUUGAACGCGAAUACCAGGAGUUCUUCCAGAGAAAGUCACAGUAUCAGAUUGACCAGAUGACCAAAAAGAACGAAUUCUCCAAAGGUGACGAGGAAAGGGUAGCAAGAAGUGAGUCUGUUAUGAGUGAGGAAGCUGUGUGGUUGGCCCGUGAGUUGGAAAAAUUUACAGUGUAA